UAUAAAUAAUCAAUUUUCUCGAAUUUUUUAUGAAAAUAUACCUAUUUGUAAAAUUCAUAGCUCGCGAGAAAAAACAAAGCUCACGUAAUUUGUUUUUAUUAGCUUUGUAUACUUAAUCAAAUGACACGAUAAAAAAUGACAUAUUAAUAAUUAUUUCUUUAAUAAUUGGUAUUAAAAAUUUCCAUAACCACUCCCGGAAAAUUGUCAUAACAGGCAAUUAUAUUCAAUUACAACACAGAGACACUUCACGCUAGAACCGACAACUCUUUACCUCAACUUUUUGAAUUUGACUGAAGUUUUCUAUCCCUUCUCACCCCAUGAAAAAUAUUUCUCAGAAUUUUAAAAAAUUUUUCUUUCUUAAUGGGACGUUUCUUUAUCUUGACAUAUGAGUUUUUACUGUAUUUUUUGGAUGAAAAUCAAUCGAAUGAAUCUAUGCGCUCUUACAAAUCAAUUUCUAGCUGAUUCAAAAGAAAAUUUAUGAAGCAUUUAUUUGAACGGCUCAUUGUUUGGUCAAAAAUUUUUCGAACGGCAACUUUUUUAGGGACAAAGAGUAGUGGACUUAACGUCAAAUAUCCCUGUAAAAACAGAGUUUCUAGAGAGUUUAUUGCAACUUUCAAAAUCAAAAAACUGAGAAUAGAAAAAAGAUCUUUGAUAAUGAGUUGUACAUGUAAAUUUUUAAUUUAAACGUGUAAUAUGAGCGCUUAAGGCACGCACAUUCAGAUAUGUGAAACUUUUGAUAUUUUUAAUCAAUUAAUUUUUUCAACCCUUUGUAGUACUCAAGUAAUGACGGAACUAAAUGAAUCUCCCGUAACAAAACGACGUAGAGUUGCUGGAAAUUCAUACUUUCAAAGUCCACUAAGUGAUUCGCACAGUGAUUCUGAAGUUCCAUUAUUAAACAAAAUGGAUGAAGAGACUAAUCGGAUUAGUCAAAUGAGCAUAUCUGCCACUGAAGAAAGAGCAGAAGCUGUCACUGAUUAUAAUCACAUUAAUACUUGCAAAAAUCAAGAUAAUCUUGAUGGUCUUGAAGAUGAUGGUGACGAUAAAAAAACUGAGAAAAAUGUUGAAAAUGAUGGUUAUAGUAGUGAUGAUAGUCACGAUAAUAUCGAUAACAUGGCAAAUUUUUCAUCGAUUUCCAGUCUGGGUCGAAGCUCAGCUGACAAAAGCUCUGAUAGCAAUGAACCUGAAGAAGUAGAUGAUAGGAGAAAAUUGUUAAUUGCCAUUAAUAAUUUGGAUUGUCUUGAUGAUAAUUAUUUUGAAGUUAUUGCCGAUGAAUCAAGCUUAACCGGGACUGUUAUUGCUAAAUGUAAACUCUGUGAUCCUCCGAAACCAUUCAAAGGAUCUCUUCGAACAACAUCAAAUUUUACUACACAUCUUGAGAGAUGCCAUAAGAACAAUUAUGGAGAAUAUUUAAAAUAUUCUGAAGAGAAGAGGAAAGGUUUUGACACUAACAAAAAUAUCGAUCGCAAGCGUUGGUCAUGUGUCUUCGAUCAGGAUCAAUUUGAGCAAAAUGUGGCUCAUUUGAUGUUAAAAUUCAUGGUUCCAUUCAGAGCAGUUGAAUAUCCAAUGCCACGGAAAAUAUUUGACGACUUGCAAAUAAAAAAAAAUGAUUGUCAGCUAAAACAUUUAAUUCCAUACAAUUUAAUGAAUCGAGUUGAUAAGUUUUAUAAGAAAUCGGUUGAUGGCGUACGUCAAGCAAUUCGUCGAGUCGUUGAUGAUGGAGGAUAUGUAUGCACGACUGCAGAUGUCUGGACUGGAGGAUCUCGUCGAUUUCUUGGAGUAACAGUAAGCUGGAUCGAUCCUUAAUCAUUAGAGCGUAAAUCUGCAGCAAUCGCAUGCAAAAGAUUUUAUGGGAUGCAUUCAUUCGAAGCAAUCGCAAAUCAGCUAUCAAGCAUCCACUCUAAUUUUGCCUCAAUAUCACAGUCUAUUCGAGCGAUGAUAACUGAUAACGGAUCAAACUUCGUAAAGGCAUUUCAGGAGUUCGGAGUUUCAGCGUUAAAUGAUUCUCAUGCAGAUUUAAUCGAGCAACAGUCUCAAAAUAUGGGUGAAGCAAUCGAUAUUAGUGUGUAUGAGACAGAUUUUGAUUCUAUUGAUGGAAACGUUGAAAUGAACAGUGAAUUUUCUACUGAGUGCGAGUAUAAAUUACCUCGCCAUUUUAGAUGUGCUAGCCACACGUUAAAUUUGAUUGUGACAACUGAUAGCUGAAAGACUAUUAACAACUUCAAGAGGCUGAAGAGAAAAUAUUUUAAGGUUAUCGAUAAAUGCUCGUCACUAUGGAAAUGCUUGCGAUCUCCCAAAAAAUAUGAAAUUCUAAAAGCUUACUUAGGAAUUUCUUUAAAACGACCUAUUGUUACUCGGUGGAACUCUACUUUUGAUUGUAUUUCUCAGUUGUUGACUUUCAAGAUAAACUUUUGGAUAAUAAUGAGUUGAAGUUACCAAAAGCUUUUAAUUCUAGCGAUAUCAAAUUUCUCAAAGAAUUUGUGCGUUGCUCAAAACCUUUAGCGUGUGCUAUUGAUCGAUUACAAGCCGAAAAAUCGUAUUAUGGUGUUCUUCUUCCUACAUUGAUUUCAUUAAAAUACGAUUUGAAAAAUUUGAUCGCUGAUAAAACUGUUGUUGACUGCAAACCUCUUGCUGAAGCUAUUAUCAAAGGAGUCGACGAACGAUUUCAAAAAUUAUUUGACCCUUUAACACUUGAUGCUGAUCCAUUCAAAGCGGCUAUCUCUCAUCCGACAUCAAAGGUCGCUGGCUAACAUCUUUUACUGAAGAAGAACAAAAACUAGUUCAUCAACGUUUUUCAGAAGUUGUAUCCGCGGAAACUUCUUCAGAAACAGUGACUGACGAUAAAGAAAAUGUAAUGGAUAAUUUUAAUUUUGGAGAAUCGAUUUCAGCCAUUCCCGAAUUCCAACCAUUACUGUCACAAGGUGAAUCAGCAGCUGAAGUGGCACGUUACUUGAAGAGCAGAAAUACUGGGCUAAAACUGUUAGAUAAAUUUCCUUCCAUUCGGAAAGUGUUUCUGAAAUUUAAUACACCGUUGCCCUCAUCUGCUCUUGCAGAAAGACUAUUCAGCCAUGUAACGAUGAUGAAUUUACCAAGGUACAAUCGUCUAACAGACGAGCAUUUUGAAAAAAGAGCACUGUGUAAGGUGAAUGCAGCAAACAGUUAUUUUUAAUUUGAAUCGUAUCAUAUUUCUUUACUCAAUACUACAACUAUUUCAUUAUUUAUGUUUAAAUUUAAAUUAAAGUUUCAAUAAAUUAA